GUAAAAACAUAAAUAUUGAUUGAUUUGGGCUGAUUUUGAUGAUUGAACAUAAAAUUAUGUAACUGGGGUGAAGUAAUCAUGUUGUAAUAUCCAGGCUUUUCCUCCUUGUGAUUGAGUAUGUACAUUUGGCUCCAACCACAGGUGGUGCUCUUCUUUUUUUGUUUACAUCCUAAAAUCUAUAAGUAAAGAAAUUAAACAUCUCUGUUAUUUCAGAUCGGGUGUCUGUUGUCCAUAUAGGACAUUGGAAGAGGUUAAGAUAAUGUACAAAAACUCGAAGGCAGCUGUGAAAGGGAAGAUCGACUUAGCUCGAAAGACUGGUGGUGGGGGAAUGAUUUGCCUAAGCCAGUCAGAGGAAGUAAUGGCCAACCAUUUAGAAAUAUUCAAUGCUCGGCAGCUAAAUGGGGUCCCAGGAGGGUUUGAAUGUGGAGCAGCUGCUAAAGAUGAGCAUGGAGUGGUUGAGGAAAGUGGAUGGAGUUCGCUCCUCGAAAAUAUGGAUACAGAUAUCAUUCGAAAUGUCAUUGACUAUCAUUCAAGUGAAGCUGAUAUCUGCAAAGCAAAUGCCCCAUUAGAGGAUGCAGUGGGUGAUUGCGAUGUGCCAAGCACAUCUGGUUUCGUGCCCUCCAAAGGUAAAAUGUCGAGACGAAAGUGAAAAAGUGAUGCUGGGGACCAGCUGUUUCAGCUUGAAGAAAAGAGGUUAACAGCAGAGACAGCAGCAUUUUCUGCCCAAGAGCACUAUUGGAGAGAGAAGAACAGAAGGGAGGAGGAGUUGCAUCUUGUUACACUAAAUCUUCGCAAACAUCAACUUAAGGAAUUUCAAUA